AUGGCACAUAAAAAAGUUCGCACCUCCAAAUCACAAAUUUCACAACCAUUACCUGAAAAUGAUGUAUUCACCACAGUCCCGCCAGAAAUUUUCAUAAAAAUUUGUAGUUAUUUGCACCCGAAAGAUCUGGCUUCACUAAAUACCGUUUGUCGUCUUUUCAAUGAUUACCUCUCAUCGACAGAAACUUCAUCCACCUCAAAUGCAAUCUGGAUGAAUUCAAAAAAAAACAUUUUGCCGCCUAUUGAUAUUUCCCCACCAGAGGGAAUGGACGAACGACGCUUUUUAAUGAAUAUCUAUGGAAAGAGGUGUCAAAAAUGUUGGGAAAAAGAAAGAAUGUAUAUUUCUGUUGAAUGGGAAUUUCCUUUACAGUGUUGCCUGCAAUGUCGGAAUUCUGUUGUCAAAAGUAGAACAGAAUUUUCACCCAGAGUUUUGCCUAUUUUACGAGCACUUCAAUCCCACGCAUGUACAUGUAUUUCGGUUUCCGAUCCAAAACGGACUCCGAAAUCUAUAAUUGUGCUUGAGUACUGGCUCCCCCAAGUCCAAGACAACUAUGAUGAAUAUUCACAACUGAACACCAUAGAAUUGAAGCGCAAUUUCUUACAAUCUCUUAAAGAGAGAAGUCGCAAAAAAGAAGCCGAAGUUUCAAAAUAUAAAUCAUGGGAAAAAGAAUAUAAGAAAAAAUGCGAAAAAAUGAGAAUCCAGACGAUUAAAAAUCGUAGAGACACAAUCGAAAGCCGCGUUCGCGAAAUGAUGAGUGAAUGUUACGACGAUGGUAGAAAGGAAUAUAAAUGGCGGUGGGAAAUUGUUUUCAGGCUCAAAGCAUACAAAAAUGCUUUAAAUUCAACUUCCACUAAUCCGUUCACUGAAAAAUCUUGGAAAUUAUUGCGCAAGAAGAUCGAAAAUGCUCAUUACAGAUAA